AUGUCCGACUCCGUCCCCACGCGCCAGCUUGGCCGAAACGGCCCCCGGGUCACGGGCAUCGGCCUGGGCCUGAUGAGCUUCGCCGGGUGGUACGGGCAAAAGGACACGAGCGUCGAGUCGUCGCUCGCGCUGCUCGACCGGGCGCACGAGAUUGGCGAGCGGUUCUGGGACACGGCCGACAUCUACACGGGCAGCGAGCAGCGCGUGGGCGAGUGGUUCCGGCGCAGCGGCAAGCGCGACGACAUCUUCCUGGCGACCAAGUUCGCCGUCCGGGCGGGCGCCGACGGCUCGCGCACCAUCGACAACGACCCGGCCUGGGUCCGGGAGGCCUGCGCGGCGAGCCUGGCGCGCCUCGGCACCGACGUCAUCGACCUCUACUACGUGCACCGGAUCGACGACAAGACGCCGAUAGAGCGCACGAUCCAGACCAUGGCCGAGCUCAAGAGGCACGGCAAGAUUCGCCACCUCGGGCUGUCCGAGUGCUCGGCGGCCACGAUCCGGCGCGCCCACGCGGUGCACCCCAUCGCCGCGUACCAGGUCGAGUACAGCCCGCUCUUCCUGGACAUCGAGUCGGACCGGACGGGCAUCCUCCAGACGUGCCGCGAGCUGGGCAUCGCCGUCGUCGCCUACAGCCCCGUCGGGCGCGGGCUGCUCACGGGCGCGGUCAAGUCGCUCGACGACCUGCCGCCCGAUGACUGGCGCCGCGGCGUGCCCAAGCUCGGCGGCGACAACUUCCCGCGCAUCAUGGCCCUCGUCGACAGGAUCCGCGAGGUUGCGCGGCGCCACGGGGCUACGCCUGCCCAGGUGUGCCUUGCGUGGGUGGCCGCCCAGGGCGACGACGUUAUUCCCAUCCCUGGCACGACGACGCUCAAGUACCUCGAGGACAAUACGGGCGCGCUCAAGAUCAAGCUGACGGGGGAUGAGGUUGCCGAGCUGAGGAGGUAUGCGGAGGAGACGGAGCUGCCGGGGGAUAGGUACCCUUCCUCGUGA